AUGUCCGACAAGCAAUUCACUCCCGCCGACGUGGCCAGCCACAAAACCCCCGAGAGCGGUCUCUACAUCAUCAUCGACAACAGCGUGUAUGAUGUUACCAACUUUGUGGAUGAGCAUCCCGGUGGUGCUAAGAUUUUGAAGCGAGUCGCUGGUAAAGAUGCAACCAAACAGUUUUGGAAGUACCACAAUGAAGGCGUGUUGAAGAAGUAUUCGCCUAAACUGAAAAUUGGCGAAGUCAAGGAUGCCGCCAAGCUAUAA